AAAUUUACUAGUAUUGCAUUAACCUCUAUGGAGACACUGUCAUGCAGCUAAACCGAACGCUGCAGGGCGUGUCUUCAAAAGCUGGUGUCGGGAGGAAAAGAUGUACCGACUUCGACGCUCAGACGUGGCUAAGCACCGCGCUUACAAACACGGAGACUUGCCGACGCGGCUCCUCCGAUCUCAACGUCUCAGAUUUCAUCACACCCAUUGUUUCAAACACAAAAAUCUCUCACCUCAUCAGAAACUGCUUAGCCGUCAACGGAGCUUUCUUGACCGCCAGAAAAAACGACAGCACCACCGGUGAUGCAAGGGGUUUCCCGACGUGGGUUUCCGGUAAAGAGAGGAGACUUCUGCAAUUGCAAUCAGUGCGUGCCAAUCUCCUGGUGGCCAAAGAUGGGUCGGGACAUUUCAAGACGGUGCAAGCGGCUAUUGACGUGGCUGGCCGUAGAAAGGUGACGUCAGGGAGGUUCGUGAUAUAUGUAAAACGAGGGAUAUAUCAAGAAAACAUAAAUGUGCUUCUAAAUAACGAUAACAUAAUGUUGGUCGGAGAUGGAAUGAGAUUCACCAUUAUCACCGGUGGUCGAAGUGUUAAAGGAGGUUACACCACUUACAGUUCCGCCACUGCCGGUAUCGAGGGACUUCAUUUCAUAGCUAAAGGCAUAGCGUUCCGGAACACGGCGGGUCCGGCCAAGGGACAGGCCGUGGCACUACGGUCAUCCUCGGACCUCUCAGUCUUCUAUAGAUGCUCAAUCGAAGGAUACCAAGACACACUGAUGGUCCAUUCGCAACGCCAGUUUUACCGUGAGUGCUACAUUUACGGAACCGUCGAUUUUAUCUUCGGAAACGCAGCCGUAGUUUUUCAAAACUGUCUCAUCCUCCCUCGUCGGCCACUCAAAGGUCAAGCCAAUGUAAUAACCGCGCAAGGUCGUACUGAUCUAUUUCAGAACACAGGGAUCUCUAUCCAUAACUCAAUAAUCUUACCGGCUCCUGAUCUAAAACCGGUGGUCCGUAGCGUUAAAACGUAUAUGGGCCGACCUUGGAUGAAGUACUCGCGUACCGUGGUUCUUAAGACGUAUAUAGAUAGUGUUGUAAGUCCGGUCGGGUGGUCUCCGUGGACUAAAGGUUCGACGUAUGGUCUCGACACGCUGUUCUAUGCGGAAUAUAAGAAUAUUGGACCGGCUUCAUCCACGAGGUGGCGAGUCCGUUGGAAAGGGUUUCAUGUCUUGAGUAAAUCCUCCGAUGCAUCUGCUUUCACUGUUGGAAAAUUCAUAGCUGGUACUGCGUGGCUCCCAAGCACUGGCAUACCUUUCACUUUAGAACUCUAGAGGCCGUCUUUGGUUUUUCAUGCUUUAAUUACAAUGAUGUCAAAUUUUGCACUUAUAUAAUUCAUUAUUACAAAUCAUGUCCUAUUUCACUCUCAUUUGACUGAAAGUGGAGAGGCGGGUAUAAAAGACUCGAAACUGU